GUACUGGAGUUCAUGCAAGGGUGCUGGGCAGGGAGGGUGGCUUUGACAUAGGAGCCUCCUUACCAGGUUGCAACAUGUCUGACUUGCGGAGACGAGCAACUUUUCAACAUGAAAAUUCAAAAAGGAAAGGGAUAACUGCCUCAAAAAGAGGAACUCAGAAUAAGCGAUGGAGCAGCAUUAUUGAUGACUUUCUAAUUCCAUUCCUAGUGGAGCAAGCACAAGAAGGGUUGAGAGUGGAUAAAGGUUUCAAAAGGCAAGCUUACGUAGCAGCUGCUAAAGCUGUUAACGAACGCUUUAACACUUCAUUUGAUCCUUGUAACGUGGAAAACCAUAUGAGGACGUUGAGGACUAGAUAUAACGAGAUAAAGAAAUGUAGGGAUUUAAGUGGCACAGGCUGGAAUGAGGAACAAAAAGUGAUUACUUUAGACGGUCCAGCCUACCAUAGUUAUGUACAGGCACAUCCAAGGGCCUUAGAGUUCCUAAACAGGCCCAUCAAGCAUUAUGAUGCUCUGUACAUCAUAUGCUGUGAUUACCAUCCUAAGACAAAUGACAAUCAAGUCGAAGAGGGGUUAAAUGAAAUCGUUCCCUUUGAAUCUCAAGGCGGUGUGUUUAUGGAGGAGGGUGAUAAAGAUCAGGCAGAAUCAAACCAAGGUGAAGGGUCUGAGCUGCCAGUGAAUGAUGGUCCCUCAUCUUCAUCUUCAAAGGGUGGUGCCAAAAGAGCCCGCAUUAGUGAUGAUUAUUACUUGAGUCAACUUGUUACUAUCGUGGGUGCACUUGCAGAAGCCAUAAAGAAAAGCACGGUUCAUUGGAGUCAAAACUUAUAUGAGAAGAUUGAAGAGAUCGAAGGUUACAACGACAAGGUUAUUGAGUCGGCCUUUGACUAUCUCUACGAAGAUGAGAAGAGAGCUAGAUUAUUUAUGGCAAAGAAUUGCAAUAUGCGUCGUGCGUGGCUUGAGCGGUUUGUAGCAGAACGAUCUCUGUAACUAUGGGCACUCCCAUGAUGCAAUUUUUUGGAAUGUUUUGUGGGCGGAACUAUGCCAUGUAGGAAGCUUUGGGACAAAAGAGGACAAAAGAAAUACUAUGAUGCGGUUUUGUUUUGUAGGCACUCGACUAUGAUGCGAUUUUGUUACGUAGGGACUGGUAGAUACCUUUUAAGAUUUCCCUUCAUUGGAACUUUCAUUUGUUUCCAAGUUGUCCUUUUUGUAAAUAACUAAUUUAAUCCCUCUCUUUUUUAAUUUCAGAUUGUAGUUAGCCUGCUGAGUGUGGGAAUAUUAUCAGCCUGAUUCUAUAUGAUUUGUGAGUUAAAUCUGAUU